AUUAAGUCGACGGAAAUCCGGGGUUUGCAUCGCAGUCAAACAAGACAAACAGAUCCACUCUAUAGACUGAGGUGUAUGUAUAUAAGUUAGUUCGCCCCUCGUGCUCUGUCGAUCAUUCAAUUGAAAUAAUUCCUCUUAUUCUCUGAAUCUGAAAUAAUCAUACCAUUCGCAAUGACUGCAUUGAAUAAACUGGCCGGGUUUGACCUCAUCCAGACCAACUACAAGCAUGUCGGCGAUCAUGGCAUCCGAGCUGAUCUUCUAGUGCCUCAAACCCCUGUUCCUGGCAAGAGGCCGGUUAUUGUCCGGUUCCAUGGGGGCGGAUUGGUCAGCGAUCUGAGCGCAUGAAUUUACCUUGCAUAUAAGUUGCUAAUGGAUGAAGUAGAUGACCGGAGACUCACUUUUCCUCGAUUGGCUCCCUGAAUGGCUUCUUGAGCUCGCCGCCAAACACAAUGCCGUGAUCAUCUCCCCCAACUACCGACUCCUUCCCGAAGCAACUAGUCUUGAACUCUUUGACGACAUCGAGGAUUUCUGGUCUUGGCUUCAUUCGUCUGCUGUGACGGACUUGCUUGCGUCUCAAUCUACCCCGACAGAACUCGACCUCGACCGAGUCCUCACGACCGGCGACUCGGCUGGCGGUUUGCUGAGCGUAUGCGUUGCACUGGCUCACCCAGAUGAAAUCCGCGCCGCAACAGCCGCAUACCCCUGCAUCGACAUGGGCUCGCCUCAUUUCCGAGAACCCAGGACCACGCCCAUCUUCGACCAGAUCUUCAGCCACGACGCGGUCGAGGAACAUCUGGCUCAGAUGAAACCCGGGGACAUUGUGAGCAGUUCACCAAUACCCAUGCGCCUCCCGCUCAUGUUUUCGGCCGCGCAGAAUGGAGAUCUGCAUCGCUUUUAUGAACGCAACACGGAAGCCGACCCGCGUCGGGAACUGCGGUAUCCGUUUGAGAGGCUGGAUCAGCCUGGGGUGCGGAUUCCGCGGGGUGGGAUUUCCAUCUUCCAUGGGAUUCAGGAUAGUGUUGUUCCUGUGGAUGGGAGUGAGAAGUUUGUUGCGAAGGCGAGGGGGGCUUUUAAGGGGCAGCCUGGGGGUGAUAAUAUUGUGUUGACUUUGAGGGAUGGGGAGCAUGGGUUUGAUAAUGGGGUUCAUUUGGAUGAGUGGGUGGGAGAGGCUAUUGCGGUGGCUGUUGAGAGCUGGUUGGAGUGAUAUGAUUUUAUAAGAAUAUGUACAUAGUAUGAUAAACGAAUCGGCUAUUAUCAGACGGGUUUAAUGAGUAGUUGGGGCGAGUUCAACAUCAGUUGCCGUAGCCGUUUUAUGGGGGCAUUCAAAAUCGCCGCCUAGAUUAUUAGCCAGGAUGCAUAAUUUUGGGAAGAGGCAUACCACCAUCGCCAGCAUAUUCUUGAAUCAGGCCAUGUUUUCCAAGUUGAUAUAAUGUGGUAAAGAGCUGAGCCAGUGCAAUGAAGAACG